GUGCUAAGGGGAAAAUAGCGAAAAGCUAUUCAGAUAAAGUAGUAAGUUAUUCGGAGAAUUACGUGCAGGAAGGAUACACCCCCACCCCCACACACCCCUCAAAAUGAGCGAUGUAAUUGUCCCACGAAGCUUUCGCCUCCUGGACGAGUUGGAACGGGGGCAGAAGGGAAACGUUAGCGAAGGAGUGUCUUUCGGAUUGGAGAAUGCUGAUGAUAUAACUCUUUCGAAUUGGUCUUGCACGAUAUUUGGGCAACCAGGGACUGUUUUCGAGAACAGGAUUUAUUCGCUAACCAUAUUUUGUGGUGACAGUUAUCCGGACGCCCCCCCCACGGUGAAGUUUGACACGAAGAUUGAGAUGUCCUGCGUGGACAGCACAGGCCGGGUCAUUAAAAAUAAUUUGCCGAUUUUAAAAAACUGGAACAGGAACUACACCAUCGAAACGAUUUUAAUAGCGCUGAGACAGGAAAUGCUGUCCAGUGCGAACAAGAGGUUGCCGCAGCCGAAUGAGGGAGAAAUGUAUUGACUGGAGUGAAGCACACUUUAUUUGUCAAGGCGGAAGGGACGAAGAAGGAGAAGAGAAAGAGUGCGGCAUUGCAGAGUAAAAAUGGGAAAAAUCCUGGAC